CCCGCCUCCUUUUUCCUUUACGCAUUUCCGGUACACAGCGUUUCUUCUUCCGGCACGCGUAAACAUGGCGCCCCCCAUCCCGCUGUUAGCAGUGCGUGGAUCAGACGGUACGUCUCUGCUCGGUGGGCCUCCCACGUGUGAGCAGCACUCGGCCUUCCAGAGGGACUCUCGGCCCAGCAGGUGCGUCACCUUCAGCAGAGACGGGACGCUGUUCGGCUGGUGCAACGGACACAAUGUCUCUGUGGUGAAGUCUUCAGACGGCGCCGUCGUGUCGACCUUUGACCUCCCAAAGACGUCUCUGCUGGACUUUUCUCCUCUCAACAGCGUCCUGGUCACCUGGCAGCCGUACAGCAAGACUCAGGACAGUCCUCAGGGCGAAGCUAACCUCCAGCUGUGGGACUUACAGAGCGGUCAGCUGAUCAAAGCUCUGUAUCAGAAGAAGGUCGACUCCUGGUGUCCCAGCUGGUCUGAAGACGAGAAGAUCUCUGUAAGGAGCGUCAACAAUGAGCUGCACUUCUAUGAGAACAACGACUUCAACACAAUCGCCAACAAGCUUCACAUGCAGAAAGUGUCAGACUUCGUGUUGUCACCUGGAGGUCAGCCCAGCAAGGUAGUCGUCUACGUCCCGGGCAGUAAAGGAGCCCCUUCGUUUGUCCGUCUGUACCAGUACCCGGUGCUGGGAGGUCCCACUGCUGCGCUCGCCAACAAGAGCUUCUUCAAGGCCGACAGAGUCACCAUGCAGUGGAACAAGAAAGCCUCUGCGGUCCUGGUGACGGCGAGCACUGAGGUCGAUAAAACCGGAGCUUCAUAUUAUGGAGAGCAGACGCUGCAUUACCUCGCUGUUAACGGAGAGACGGCUCUGGUUCAACUGCCGAAGAACGGACCGAUCUACGACGUGGUGUGGAGUCCGAACUCUGCAGAGUUCUGCGUGGUGUACGGCUUCAUGCCGGCCAAAGCCACCGUCUUCAAUCUCAAAUGUGACCCGGUGUUCGACUUUGGAACUGGACCACGAAACGGCGCCUACUACAGUCCUCAGGGUCACAUCCUGGUCCUGGCCGGCUUCGGGAACCUGCGGGGUCAGAUGGAGGUCUGGGACGUGAAGAAAUACAAACAGGUGUCCAAACCUCAGGCCCCAGACGCCACACAUUUCUCCUGGUGUCCUGAUGGCGAGCACGUCGUCACGGCGACGUGUUCUCCGCGGCUGCGGGUCAGUAACGGUUAUAAGAUCUGGCACUACACCGGCUCCGUGCUGCACAAAUGGGACGUGGCCGCUGGUUCGGAGCUGUGGGAGGUCCGCUGGCAGUCGUUUCCUGACGGCAGCUUCCCUGAGCGGGCCAUCAAGUACCAGGCAGCCCCCAGCGAGCUGGGAACCACACAGGCCCCACCAGCGCAGGCAUACCGCCCACCUGCUCUGAGGCACCUGCCGGCCACGCCCAGCUCCAAACUGCAUGAGGAGGAGCCUCCCCAGAACCUGCGUCCCGCUGCUUCGGGGGACAAGAGUCUCUCGAAAUCAGCCCUGAAGAACCAGAGGAAGCGCGAGGCCAAGAAGGCCGCUAAACAGGACGCAAAGCCUGAACCUCAACCUCCAUCUGACCCCACCCCCGUCAGCAACAGCCAAUCAGAGCCGACCAGCGGCGACCCGGAGACGGACAAGAAGAUAAAGAACUUAAAGAAGAAACUUAAAGCCAUCGAGGAGCUGAAGGACCAGCAGGCGUCCGGGAGAGUCCUGCAGAAGAACCAGCUGGAGAAGAUGCAGAAGGAGGAUCAGCUGCUGAAGGAGCUGCAGGAGCUGCAGAUCGGACAGUAGGGGGCGCUGCCGGAGCCACAGGCCACGCCUCCAUCCAUCACACGCACGCACACACACACACGCACACACACACGCACACACACACGCACACACACACCACAGACAGGACGGGUGUGUGUGUCACAGACGCUGUCCACGUCUUCGCUGCACCUCAGCAGACUGAAGGCGUCUGUUUCUGUAUUUUCCUGCUGAAAUAUUUUGGGGUUCCUCAGUUUUCUUCACCUGACAGGACAGGUGAGGAGGGGGCGGGGUUUGGAAGCUGGGGGCGGGGCCGUGCGUGACACGCCGUCACGAGCCGAUUGGAUAGCUGGUUAGUGCUCUGCUUUCAUUCACCUGCCCGUUGCCGAGAGCAUCAAUCCAUCCCUCUGUUUUCGGAGGCUGUCCAAAGGGAUUCUGGGAAACGUAGGAAGAAGUCGAGGUGUGUGUGUUUACUAAAAGAACGACAUGACAGCAGUUUGUCUCCAAACAGCUGCUGAGUGUGAAAACAGACUGGAGGAAAUCUCUUUUAAAGGAGCAUUUCAGGAAUUUCCCAAAAUGUUGAAAUGUUCCUUUAACACAGUGACACACACCUGGUGUGUGUGUGUGUGUGUGUGUGUGUGUGUGUGUGUGUGUGUGUGUGUGUGUGUGUGUGCGCGACAGUAAAUUGAAACCAGUCCAUUGAAGCCCUGUUGCUAUGCAACAUCUGUACAGAUGCUUUGACAGAGAUCCUUUCAGAAUAAAAGCCUCGCCUCCACGCUUCACUGCUUUGGGACGACAGUUGUAACAAUAAUAAUAAAUAAACUUUGUUAUUAAGUCA